AUGGCUUCUCUCUCCGGCCUCUACUCUUCUUCUCCAUCUCUCAAACCUGCCAAAACCGUUUCCGUUAAAGCAUUGACGGCGCCGACCAGAGAUUCCUUCUCUUUCCCGCAUACCUCCAAACCAACCCACCUACCACCACCGUUGACUCUCUCCGCGCCUCGCUCCGUGGCGCGCGACAUUUCUCACUCGGAUUCGAAGAAAGAGCUUCUCAAGGAUCCCGAUGCGCUGUGGAACCGGUACCUCGAUUGGCUCUACCAGGAGAAAGACCUCGGGCUGUAUCUCGACGUCAGUCGGGUCGGAUUCACCGAUGAGUUUGUGGCCGAUAUGGAGCACCGGUUCAAAGCCGCGUUCAAGGCCAUGGAGGAUCUCGAGAAAGGCUCUAUUGCGAAUCCAGACGAAGGAAGGAUGGUUGGGCACUACUGGCUCAGGGACUCCAAGCUCGCGCCAAAGCCGACUUUGAAGACACUGAUCGAGAAAACUCUUGAUUCGAUCUGCAGUUUCGCCGACGACAUUAUCUCCGGCAAGAUAAAGCCACUAUCUUCUCCUGCGGGUCGUUUUACUCAGAUACUUUCUGUAGGCAUUGGAGGCUCAGCUCUUGGACCUCAAUUUGUCGCUGAGGCCUUGGCUCCUGAUAAUCCUCCGUUGAAGAUAAGAUUCAUCGACAACACCGACCCUGCUGGAAUCGAUCAUCAGAUCGCACAACUUGGACCAGAGCUUGCCUCAACUUUAGUAAUUGUCAUCUCAAAGAGUGGAGGUACUCCUGAAACUAGAAAUGGACUAUUGGAAGUGCAGAAAGCAUUCCGUGACGCUGGUCUAAACUUCGCGAAACAGGGUGUUGCAAUAACACAAGAGAACUCGUUGCUGGAUAACACCGCAAGAAUUGAAGGUUGGUUAGCUAGAUUUCCGAUGUACGACUGGGUGGGCGGAAGAACAUCAGUUAUGUCUGCAGUUGGUCUGCUUCCAGCAGCACUACAGGGGAUCGAUAUUAGAGAGAUGCUUGCUGGUGCUGCAGUAAUGGAUGAGGCUACUAGGACAACUUCGCUCAAGAAUAACCCUGCAGCGCUCUUAGCAAUGUGUUGGUACUGGGCUUCCGAUGGCAUUGGUUCCAAGGAUAUGGUUAUCCUUCCUUACAAGGAUAGCUUAUUACUAUUUAGCCGGUAUCUGCAGCAGCUGGUCAUGGAAUCACUAGGAAAGGAAUUUGAUCUUGACGGUAACACUGUUAAUCAAGGGCUAACUGUAUAUGGAAACAAAGGGAGCACAGAUCAGCACGCCUACAUUCAACAGCUGAGAGAGGGAGUGCACAAUUUCUUUGCAACCUUCAUCGAAGUGCUACGUGACAGACCCCCAGGUCAUGAUUGGGAACUUGAGCCAGGUGUCACUUGUGGAGAUUACCUCUUUGGAAUGCUACAGGGAACUAGAUCUGCUUUAUAUGCAAACGGUAGAGAGUCCAUUAGCGUUACUAUCGAGGAAGUGACACCAAGAUCUGUUGGGGCACUUAUAGCUCUUUAUGAAAGAGCGGUCGGGUUAUAUGCCUUUAUUGUCAACAUAAACGCUUACCACCAACCCGGCGUGGAAGCCGGGAAAAAGGCAGCAGCAGAAGUUCUUGCCCUGCAAAAGCGUGUAUUGUCAGUUCUUAAUGAAGCCAGUUGUAAAGAUCCGGUAGAGCCAUUGACACUGGACGAGGUAGCCGAUCGUUGCCAUGCUCCUCAGGAAAUUGAGAUGAUAUACAAGAUCAUAGCACACAUGUCUGCAAACGACAGAGUUCUGAUAGCUGAAGGAAGCUGCGGAUCGCCACGUAGUGUCAAAGUGUACCUGGGCGAGUGCAAUGUGGAUGACCUGUACGCAUCAUAA